UCAGCAAGAGCCCAGAACCCCCAUUUGCUGAUAACAAAAAAUUGUGUAUAUCGUCCCAUUUGUGUUGCAUUUUUCCAUAUCAACGUUAAGUUGUCACUGUUACAAAAGUAAGUGCAUCAUUGCUCUUACUUCCACACACUAAACAAAUUGUUCUAUUCUUUUUCAAGAAUCAUCAUACCAUAAAAAAGAAUGGACACUAUUAAAGAGCUUUUCUGGCCGAAGAUUGUGGAGUUAUGUUUAAUAGCUCAGAAACUCAACUCUAGUGUCAUUUCAAUGAUGUUUUUCUUGAUGGGUUCUUGCGUUUGUGGCUUUGGAUGGAUAUGAGUAUUUGUUUAAUGUGAAAAGCCAAAAGCAAAAGCAUUAUUUUAGUCUGUGAGCGCCAAAAAGGAAAAAUCUUGAAGUUUUCUUUGGAAGGAAUCUGAGUUCCACGUUUCCCAGCAUUCCAAUUAUUGGUAUUAAGGGAAAAGAGAAAGAAGACAGUGGGCUGAUUUUGGAUCUGAAAAACAGCUCAUUUUUCACCUGAUGCCUUUUCAUUUGUUUUCAAAAAAAAAUUUAACCUCAUUUUCGACUUCUCUGAUCUGAAAGCAGACUAUUACUGUUUGCUUUCCUGUUUAUGGAGGUGGUGGGGAUGAAAGGAAAGGGAAGCAUUUGUCUGUCGUUUGCCUUGUACAAAAGUUCAUGUGCCAAACAGAGAACUCUUUUGCUUGAAAAGAACUCUCUCUGCAGAUCCAUUUCAAAUGGUUGUCAUUGUACUGUAUCUGGGAAAACCUGACUGCCUACUCAUCUCUAGUUAACUCUGCAGUUUUUGGUUUCAGUGCUUUAACUGGUAAAGAACAGAAAGCAAUAUAAGGGAAAAAUCAAUUUUCCUCUUUGGAAAAUUUGGUUCUUGGUCCAAGGGGUCCUGUCACUCUGGGGAGCCAUUCUGGUGCAGUUGCAUUUUCAUUGAGAAACAGUGAGCAUUUUGGCUGUAUAUGCAUGACAUGAGGUUCAUGACAACUUUAGCUGUGGGGUAGAGGGCAUAAUAAUGCACCUAAUAUGUUCUUGCUCUUUCAUGAGGAGACAUUCAUAUACUGCUUGAACUGUGGUGUCCCUUAAAAGAAUAGUGUUAUUCAUUUGAAACUUUUGGGAAGGGAUAAUUUUCUUUUGGCCUAAUGAGUAGAGAGUUGAAGAAAGGCGGGAAACAAGAAAAGUGUUCUGAUGAGGCUGAGAAGGUUGUGGUGGCUGUUAAGGCAUCAAAGGAGAUUCCUAAGACUGCUCUUGUCUGGGCACUUAGUCAUGUUGUUCAGCCUGGGGAUUGCAUUACUCUUCUUGUGGUUGUCUCUUCACAUAGCUCUGGUAGAAAAUUUUGGGGGUUCCCAAAAUUUGCUGGAGAUUGUGCUAGUGCCCACAGGAGGUCACAGUCUGGUACGAGCGCGGAACAAAAAUCUGACAUAACAGAUUAUUGCUCUCAGAUGAUUCUUCAGCUUCAUGAGGUUUAUGAUCCUAACAAAAUCAAUGUAAAGAUAAAGAUUGUGUCCGGGAAUCCUUGUGGAGCAGUGGCUGCGGAGGCGAAGAGAAAUCAAGCAAAUUGGGUUGUUUUGGAUAAACAGCUUAAAAACGAGGAAAAGCGCUGUAUGACGGAGCUGCAAUGCAACAUUGUUGUUAUGAAGCGCUCCCAUCCCAAGGUUCUCCGACUGAAUUUAGUUGGAUCAGGUAUAAAGGAACCAGAAGCGAUAAACUCUGAUAACGAUCAAUCAUCUAAAAAACAAGAAAGCAAAAACAAUUCUUCGAGUUCAACUCGUGGUCCACUUGUUACCCCCUCAAGUAGCCCGGAGACAUUCACGGCCACUGAAGCUGGAACUUCAUCAGUUUCAAGCUCUGAUCCUGGAACUUCACCAUUCUUCAUUACGGAAACAAAAGAUGUCCUUAAGAAAGAGGAACAAUUAGCUACAAAACAAGAUCGGGAUCUUGAUGAAUCUAGUUCAGAUUCCGACAUGGAAAAUCUGUCAUCCUCGUCAAGUUUGAGGUUCCAACCUUGGAUAGCGCAAGUUGUAGCACAUCGACAAUCUUCCGAACAUCUUGGGGAGAGAUCUGGAGUGUCUAGUACUCAGUCUCAAAAUUCUGCAACCAAGGCCAUGCUAGAAAAGCUCUCUAGACUUGAUGAAGAACCUGGAUUCAGAUCCCCGAGCUAUAGGUGUAAUCUGGAUAUCAGUGGCAGUUUGAGAGAAGCGAUUUCCCUGUCGAGAACCACACUGCCUGGGCCCCCACCCUUGUGUUCUAUAUGUCAACAUAAAGCUCCCGUUUUUGGAAAGCCUCCAAGGUGGUUUUCAUAUGCUGAGCUUGAGCUUGCUACAGGCGGUUUUUCACAAGCCAACUUUUUAGCUGAAGGCGGGUUUGGAUCUGUCCACCGAGGAGUCCUUCCAGAUGGCCAGGCAAUCGCAGUCAAGCAACACAAAUUAGCAAGUUCUCAAGGCGAUCAAGAAUUCUGCUCGGAAGUCGAAGUGUUAAGCUGUGCUCAGCACCGGAAUGUUGUUAUGUUGAUUGGUUUCUGUGUUGAAGAUGGUAGAAGACUUUUGGUUUACGAGUAUAUCUGCAAUGGAUCUCUUGAUUCUUAUCUAUAUGGACGCCACCAGGACACGCUAGCAUGGACCGCACGGCAAAAGAUCGCGGUUGGAGCAGCACGAGGAUUGCGAUAUCUUCAUGAAGAAUGUAGAGUUGGUUGCAUUGUGCAUCGAGACAUGCGGCCCAACAACAUUCUCAUUACCCAUGAUUUUGAACCUUUGGUGGGAGACUUUGGUCUAGCUCGGUGGCAACCCAAUGGAGAGACUGGAGUUGAGACCAGAGUAAUUGGGACAUUUGGGUACUUGGCGCCUGAGUAUGCCCAAAGUGGUCAGGUCACAGAAAAAGCCGAUGUUUACUCGUUUGGCGUGGUUCUGGUGGAGCUCGUCACUGGUCGUAAAGCAGUGGAUCUCAACAGGCCUAAGGGCCAGCAGUGCCUUACAGAAUGGGCACGGCCAUUAUUGGAAGCGCAUGCCAUUGAUGAACUCGUUGAUCCACGUCUGCGAAGCAACUACUCAGAGCACGAGGUUUACUGUAUGCUGCAAGCUGCAUCAUUGUGCAUUCGUCGGGAUCCUCAGGCAAGACCUCGCAUGUCUCAGGUUCUUCGGAUACUUGAGGGCGACAUGAUGGAUUCAAGCCAAACACUGAUGCCCGGGAUCGAUGUUGGCAGCCGGAGCGGGAGAAUUUGGUUCGAUCAUCAACCACAACAUGAAAACGAGUCACCCAGACGAUUCAGCUCAAAGGAUUCUCUCAACUGGAGACCAAAUUACAGGAAGAAAGAGGGGAGGACUUCAUAUGAAUACAACCUUUGAGUUGCAACUAUGACAGUUUGAGUUUUCUCCAUAACAUCAUCAGCUUCUCAGUUUUGUUUGUGAUUUCAGUAGCGCUUUUGUUUAUGUAUAGAAAUGCUGAAUGUUGAAGUUGGAUGUAUGUGAAGAUGAAUUUGGGCCGAGUCCAAAUUAGUAGAUAGUUAGUGGGUCGUAUGGAAAGUGGCCCAAGAUUCAGUUAAAGCCCAAACUAAGUUACGCAUAUGUUUGUACAAAAUUAAUGGACAGGAACCCGAGUUCUCUUUUCCAA